AUGAUGAAGCACUUCUUUAGCGGUAUUAUUGUGUUGCUUCAAACGUAUCUUUUCACAUCCAGCUCAGCAUCGCCAACACUUAUGUUACCCAGCGGGCCAGAGGUGAAAUAUGGCGACUACAUCUGUGAUGAUAACUACCUCAGUGGCGAAUAUCUAAAACGAAAUAUUAUUAUAGCUUGGGACGCAUUAUAUAAUAGUGAACCAACCCAUAGUUUACCAGCACAUGUGGGAGAUUCCUGGCCUUUCGGCAACUCUCAUAGAACGCUUUUUGUCUGGCCCAUUUUAAUGAAAAAUAAGCUACAAGGAACUGCCAUAGUGUCCAAUAUUCGUAUUAUCAUUGACUUCCAAGCUACUUUGGUGGGAAUAGUGACCGUUCAUCAAUCCGAGCUCCGCUAUUGUCGAGAAGUCUUUAGCCCGAUGAACUCUGAUUUGUUCGAUCCAAAUAUACACUCCAUUAUUGGGUUCAAAUGUGACAAACAGGUUUUCGAAUUUGAAUAUGUUCAGAAUUCAUACUUAGCGGCUCUCAAAUCAUUACAAACUAGCGGAAUCAAUUAUCCAGAUAUGUACCCAAGAAUGAUUCUCCAACAUGAUUCUCCAUAUCACAAUUUCGUAGUAUGGCCUCUAUUAUCACGCAAUAAAAUAUACACACCAGACGAUAAAAAUAUGGAGAAUUUUAUCGCGUUCAAAAAAAGCCCUGAUUCUCUAAAUGUCUUCCAUUUAGUUGAUGGAAAAGAAGUUGCGUGUCCUAUGAUUUGGAAAAAUUUUGUGCCCGCUUUAUCGAUUCCAAGUUCCUUGAUAAACGGUAUCUUAGACCCCAAAGAUAGUCAAAUAGCUGUAGACUGUAACGGGCAAAUGUUUAAACACAAGUACAUUGAGGAUAACUUGCAAGCAGCCAUCAGGGGCAUCAAACAUCAGCAAGCAGGAGGCAGACCGUACCUAUAUCCACAAUUUGCUGGGGAUGACAUUCAAAUAUUUGGAUCGCGGGUUUGGAAAUGGCCCCUUCGACACCCAUCGAAUUUCUUUGAAGUGCGCCAACCAACUGUGGUAUUCUUUCUAACCAUAAAAGAAUCCAAAGAAUUUCAUGGUGUAUAUUUCUUUAAAGAUGGCAGGUACUCAGCUUGCAAAUUCCGAUGA